ACCAGGCUCGGUUGAGUCGUCGGGUUGAGGAGGAGUGCGGUUGGAGUGCGAGAGGGUCGCGGCCGCGAUGAUCUGACAGAUGAAAUAGCGAAAAAAGAAAGAGAAGGCGGGCGUCCUCCCACACAAAACAAUGUUCCCUAAAGGCAAGGGCACCCCGGUGCCGUCGGACGGCCAGGCACGAGAAAAGUUGGCUCUAUACGUCUAUGAGUAUUUGUUACACAUAGGAGCACAGAAGUCUGCACAGACCUUUUUAUCAGAGAUCCGAUGAAAAAACAUAACACUCGGAGAACCCCCUGGAUUCCUACAUUCCUGGUGGUGUGUAUUCUGGGACUUGUAUUGUGCUGCACCGGAGAGGAGAGAGACAUGUGACCACUCCAGCGAAGCGAAAGCCUUCCAUGAUUACAGUGCAGCAGCUGCCCCCAGCCCUGUGAUGGGUGGGAUACCCCCAGGUGAGGGCAUGCCAGGAGGACCAAUGCCGCCUGGCUUUUUCCAGGGUCCUCCUGGUCCCCAGGGCUCUCCUCACCCUCAGCCUCCUCCCCCUAACAGUAUGAUGGGACCUCACAGUCAGUCCUUCAUGUCGCCUCGGUUCGCUGGAGGCCCCAGAGGUCCCCCAAUAAGGAUGGCCAACCAGCCACCAGGUGGAGGACCGGGUCCUCAUCCCAUGCUGCCCAACAUGGACCCCACACGACCACAGGGCCAUCCUAACUUGGGGCCGAUGCAGAGAAUGAGUGGCCCUCGAGGCAUGGGGCCGAUGGGGCCUGGUCCUCAGAACUUUGGUGGUGGGAUGAGGCCUCCACACAACACCAUGGGUCCUGGUAUGCCAGGAGUGAACAUGGGCCCGGGGACAGGUCGGCCAUGGCCCAAUCCCAACAAUGCCAACUCUAUGCCUUACUCAUCACCCUCUCCUGGCGCGUACGGGGGGGCAUCCGGAGGUGGAGGUCCUCCAGGAACUCCCAUCAUGCCCAGCCCUGCAGACUCAAACAACUCUGGUGACAAUUUGUACACCAUGAUCAACACUGGACCCGGCAACAGAAAUAAUUUCCCUAUGGGCCCCGGCUCUGAUGGGCCCCUGGGGGCCAUGGCGGGGAUGGAACCACACCACAUGAAUGGAUCACUAGGCUCUGGCGAUAUGGAUGGCAUGAACAAGAAUUCCCCAAACAAUUUAAGUGGCAUUAGCAAUCCUCCUGGGACCCCGAGGGAUGACGGGGAGCUGAGUGGAAACUUCCUCCACUCCUUUCAGAGCGAGAACUACUCUCCAACCAUGACGAUGAGCGUGUGACCCCCUUCCAACCCGCCCGACAUUAUUUGCCAUCAUUCCGAGGAUCUGAACUCGCUGUAGGACAUGGCCAAAACACAUCAGCACCGAAUCAGGGACAGGCGCCAUUUUGGUUCCACACACUAAUGCCAGAAUGCUGAUUGGAGAAAACUCAAAACGGCUGGCGACUACUGCUCCUUGCUCAAAAAAAAAAAAAAAAAAUGAAGGACAAUUUCUCCAUUUUAUCACAGCCCCAAGUGUGACGAAACCAGCUACUGAAAUGCAUACAUGACACGUUUUAUGUUCUUAGCAGAAUCUCCCUCCUCCCUUUAACCCCUCUGUCCCCCUCAACCUCCUCAGCCCUAGAGCGACGAGAAAAAAAAAAUGGUUGAAGUUUACCUCUUGUACUUUUUAAUGAUUGCUUUGUGGUGCAAGACGCGCAGGAAAUAUCCGCUUCUGUCACUUAAAAACACUGGAGAGUGUGCAUAUGCAUUGUGAGCUUGGAAAGUCUUUGUCUUUGUCAUUUUACUCAUCGCCAUGCAUACUGUGUCACGAAAGUCAGUCGACACGGGACUCCAGAUUUUGCCUUUUACUCCGUGGCCACCUUUACGACUAAUGUACCAUCCUUCCCAACGCCCACCCUUCUAUUUAAAGAGAUUUUUUAGAGUCAAAAAUAUGUGAAAGUAAUAUGGCUUUUAUUGUGGCGACCUCUGACGGUUCUUACAAUGUCAUAAUGAUCCCAUUUGAUCAAUCCCAAUCUCUUAUUGUUGACGGCUAUGCUACUCUGCACUCUCGGCUGUUUCCAUUUAAACAGCUGGACUGCUGUUGCUGCGCGCUGUCAAGGGGGAAAGCCAGACUUCGGCAUAAGAAGUGAGUGCAUGAGUGCUGAGAAUCUGUGUACAACAUACUACCUAGUGCUGCUCUUCUCUGUGUGAACACCUGCUUUAAGAUGUGGUGUAUAUCUCUUUACCUGCCUGUGCUUAACACUCUGUGCUCAUCAUCGUCGUAGCCUUCUGUGUUCUUUCCGAUUUGGUUGAUUUAUGAUGAAACGGCCGUGGGAUGAGUUGUCCAUUUUAAUCUCUCAUACAUAUUGGUUGUUCAUAUUUCCCUCCCCGAGUCAUUGGUCGUCCCUUUUGGCCCUGCUCCCCCCUCCCUUGCCCGCCCGCAUAUUUUUUAUAUUUUGAUACAAACUUUGACUACGUAUAUUGCCCCAGUUAUUCAGAGUUAGUCAAAGCUUUCUAAACUGAUUUUAGUAGGCAUCAUUAUAAACUUAGCAGCAGUCUUGUAAAUGUGAUGAGAAUUUUUUUUGUUUCAUUUAUUUUUUUUCUCCUGUGAACAUUACGCAUUAUACACAUCUGUCCUAUGUUGCCUUUAUUUGCUGAUAUUUUUUUAUUUCAAAUUGAGGAAAGAUUGCUUGUUAAUAUAAUUUUACAAUAACUUA